ACCUGCUGUCCUCUGAGAUGGGUGGGGCUGGAACUGAGAGGUCUGGGAGGAGCUGACUUAAAGCUGACCCCAGAGAGAGGAGAGCAAGAAGGGGAGGGAUGGAGGCCUCACAUGGAGUCUCUCAGUUUUCCAGUAAGUAGCUGACAGGAAAGGGCUCCACUUGAGGGGGGUCCAUCAAGAGUAGAUGACCAAGCCUGCUGUAGCAAGGAUGCAGGUGACACAGGGGCACUCAUACACCCAAGGUGGCACAGGACUGCACUUGUUCAGAAAGCUCUAGCCCUGACAGGACUGGGAGAGAAAGCAUUGGUGCAAUCAAAGGAUUCCACAGAAUCGAUCAGUGCCAACCCCAACUCAGUGCCUACCUCACCCACCUUUUUCAACUCUCCGGUGCCCAGUGAAGAUCUGACUGCUGGAAAGCCCCUGAAGGGGCCCUCAGUCCCAGCUGCCUGCCAGGAAGUGCUGAAGUCUGUCCCUCCUCCCUCCCCUUCUGGCUCCCACCCAAGUUCUUCCUCCUGCCAGGGCUGAAGUUCUCAACUCCUGCCAGCUCCUCUCUGUGAGCUUCGGCCUCCCUGCUGCACAUUCCCCUGGUCCCAGAGGAAUCAGAUGAUGUCCAAAGACAUGGAGACUGCAGAUGUCAGUGAGGUGGACCCUGAGGCCCCUCAGCCUACCCACAUUGACGUGCACAUCCAUCAGGAGUCUGUUCUGGCCAAACUCCUGCUGGCCGGAUGCUCAGUGCUAAGGGUUCCAGCAUCCGCUUCCAUCCAGAGCCAGGGCAGCAGCAGAGUGCUGGUGGCCUCCUGGGUGGUGCAGAUCGUGCUGGGGGUUCUGAGUGUGGUUCUGGGUGGAACCUCCUACAUCUGCCAAUAUGAAGCCAUGCAUACCGCAGGUGCCCCCUUCUGGACUGGGAUCGUGGCUAUACUGGCUGGAGCUGUUGCCUUCCUUCACAAGAAACGGGGUGGUAUCUGCUGGGCCCUGAUAAGGACCCUUCUGGUGCUAGCGAGUUUCUGCAUGGCUGUGGCCGCCAUCGUUCUUGGGUCUCGUGAGUUCAAUAUUUACCGGUACAAUCGGUACUAUUUCAGAGAUGAUGUCUGUAAGGGUGACUCUUCAUAUCGUUGGUCCACCAUGCCCAGCACUCCAGCUCCCGAAGAAGCGGAUAGAAUAGCCUUGUGCCUACUCUACACAAGCAUGCUAAAGACCCUGCUCAUAAGCCUCCAGGCAAUGCUCUUGGGUGUCUGGGUGCUGCUGCUCCUGGCUUCUCUCACUCCAGUAUGUGUCUACCUCUGGAAAAGAUUCUUCACAAAGGCGCAAACAGAGGAGAAGAAACUGCUGGGUGCAGCUGUGAUCUAGCCCUGGCCUUCCUCUUGCUCUGGGUGUCCCUCCUUCUGAAGCCUGAAAGAAGAGUCAGGCAGGAGUAAGAAGACCCUACCCCACAGCCAGGGCCAUGGCCGCUGCCUGGCUCCGCCCAGCACCACAGCAGCUCACAGCCACACUUACUCCUCUGUCCUCUACCUUCAGCAUCCUGCAUCCCUUCUCAGGCAGUGGCUUGAUAAUAAAAUCUUGUGUUAUUGCUAGCA